CUCAAUCCCCUGGAAGUAAACAAUCAGGUGAAUUUGUGCAAGGGAAACAGACGCCUUUACCCUUUACAGCUGUGCUCAUUUCUUAGCUUGUUUCAUUUUCGUGAGAGCGUCGUAAUUUAACUUGACAGAAACGUACAGGUAUUUACAGCUGACACCGUCCCGUGAGUGUUUCCGUGGUCCAGUUUCAAAAGUCCACGGGACUGUUUUACAAAACCGCCGUCGUCAGCUGCUACCUAUUGUGCUCUUACUGUUAAAAUACAGUAUUUCACCUUCACCAGACGCUGCGAAGGUAAUAUUAAAGGACCAUGGUAGGUGAGCAACAGCGCCCCCACGCGGCUGUGGCCUGUCUGCUCUUCUCGUGCUACUUGACCGGUUGCCUGUCCAUGCCAGACCCCAGACAAAGAGAGGCCCUUAUACAGCUGGAGGCUUCCAUGCAGACAGGUGGGCAGAUGGUGCUGAGCAAUGCUGAGCAGCGGCUGGACUCUCUGCUGUUUAAAAUGAAGCAGGAGGAGAUGACGAGACCAGAAUGCCCUCCCACCAUGCACUUCUUUAAGGCCAGACACCUCAUCAGGACCAGUCCCAUCUUCAGCCUGCUGCAGAAGAUGCCUAAAGGGGGAGCUCUCCAUGUCCACGACUUCUCCAUGGUUGACAUAGAGUGGCUGGUAAAGAACGUGACCUAUCGGCCCCACUGCUACAUGUGUUUCACUGACAACCAGUCCAUCAGGUUCAUCUUCUCGUCUCAGUUGCCCAAACCUCUGCCACACUGCUCUCCCUGGACCCUGCUGGAAAACCUCAGGGCCAAGACGAUCAACACCACAGAUCUAGACAACAGCAUCAUGGGAAACCUGACCCUCUUCACUGAUCAGGACCCAGAAACUGUGUACCCCAGUCAGGACGUGGUGUGGGAUAUGUUUGAACAGACCUUCCUUGCAGUGUGGGGUCUGGUCACAUACGCUCCUGUGUUCAGAGACUAUUACUACCAAGGCCUCACCCAGUUCUACAUGGACAACGUCAUGUAUUUGGAACUACGGGCUUCACUCCCGGAGAUAUACGAAUUGGACGGCAGCACUCAUGACACAGCCUGGACUCUGAAGACCUACCAGGAGGUCACUAAACAGUUCACAGCGGACCACCCAGACUUCUAUGGAGCAAGAAUCAUCUUCACACUCCACAGGGGAGUAAAUAUGUCCAUGAUGACUGGAGGUGUGGAGAAGGCUAUGAAGCUACAGAGGGACUUCCCAGAUAUCAUGGCUGGCUUUGACCUGGUAGGCCGUGAGGACGUGGGCAAAACCCUGUGGUACUUCAGAGAUGCCUUAUCACUGCCAGCAGAGAGAGGGGUCACACUUCCUUUCUUUUUCCAUGCUGGAGAGACUGAUCUCGAGGGCACAGAGGUCGACCAGAACAUGCUGGAUGCACUUUUGUUUAAUACCUCACGCAUUGGUCAUGGAUUUGCUCUGCAUCGCCACCCAGUGGUCAGAGAUCUAUCCAAGAAGAGAGGGGUGGCUGUGGAAGUCUGCCCAAUCUCCAACCAGGUGUUAAAAUUGGUAAAUGAUAUGCGAAACCAUCCAGCAGCUGCUCUGAUGUCAGAGAACCACCCACUGGUCAUCAGCUCUGAUGACCCUGCCAUUUUUGGUGCCUCAGGCCUCUCUUAUGACUUCUAUGAAGCUUUUGUGGGCUUUGGUGGGCUUAGAUCCCACUUAGGCUCCCUCAAAGAGUUGGCCAUAAACUCUAUAAGGUACAGUUCUUUGACUCCAAAGCAACAGGAGACAGCUUUGGCUCUGUGGCAGAGACGAUGGGAUAAAUUUGUCUCAGAGAAUGCCUUUUAGAAGGAAAACCAACCAAAGUAUUUUUUAAAACAAUUUCUUAAGGACAGUUGUAAAAUUACUUCAUGCUUUCUUGAGAAAGGAAUACCUUCUGGCAUAGGGGAAUUAUGAAUGGAAAUGGAAAAUGUAAACAGUGCUGCACGGGGGGAUGGGAGCAGGUGUUAAAAGCUGUUUGAUUUCUCUUUUUAAAGUGUUUGUGCUUGUAAGUGUGUAAUAGGUAGUUUGUUGAAAUGGAUGUUAAAUCCUGUGGACCUCUUGGAGGACGCAGUAGAUUUGUUUUUUGGUUGGUUUUUUUUUUUUUACAUUGUUUUACUGUUUUUUUCCUUACUUGAAUGUAAUUUCAUGGAAAUAUAAAGGCGCACAGCCAUGGCCUUCGCACAUGCAGGCACAUUUUACAAAAUCUGUGACAAAACUGCAAAAGAAACAGUAUAUAAUGUUUGCCUUUGGCUAUUUUUGAAGCGUUUGCCAAGAUUCCUGUGAGCAUUUAAAUAUUUUGAACUGUGUGAACUGAAUUUGACAUAAAUAAAAACAACUGCUGAUUUAC